UCCUUUGUAAUUUUGCACACGUCGAGGUGAGCUAUGACCAGACUUUGCACGGCUCUCCUCAGAUGAUAGACAUCUGUACCUUAUUGAAGCACUUUAGCACCUGCAGCUGAUGACCAAAGCGCCUGCUCCCCACCCUCGCCCCGGUCCUCGCACCGCUCAGCCCCCUCUAGGUCCCGUCGUACCCCCCCAAGGAGUCCCAGUAUGUUCCAGAGGCUCACCAGCGUCCUGUUCGGGGACGAUGUGGAGGAGGUGAGCCGAGGAGGCCCUGGAGAACAGGGCUUUGGCCAGAAGGAGGAGGAUGAAGAGUGGAUCCUGGUGGACUAUCUGGGUGAGUUUCAGAACGUACACGUACACACACACACACACAGACGAAACAUUUCACAGACAUAAACACAAACAAAAAUGCAAAUACACACUCUAAACACAAACAAACCCCUCACACACCAUAUCCUCCUGGUAUCCAUGUACAAAACGGUUCAGAUGGGUUCAACAGUGAGCAUCAUUUCCAUACAGUCACGUGUUGGGAACUUCCAAUCAAAUCAAAUCAAAUUUUAUUGGCCACAUGCGCCAAAUACAACAGGUGCAGACAUUACAGUGAAAUGCUUACUUACAGCCCUUAACCAACAGUGCAUUUAUUUUUAACAAAAAAGUAAAAAUAAAACAACAACAAAAAAAGUGUUGAGAAAAAAAAGAGCAGAAGUAAAAUAAAAUAACAGUAGGGAGGCUAUAUAUACAGGGGGGUACCGGUGCAGAGUCAAUGUGCGGGGGCACCGGCUAGUUGAGGUAGUUGAAGUAAUAUGUACAGUGGGGAAAAAAAGUAUUUAGUCAGCCACCAAUUGUGCAAGUUCUCCCACUUAAAAAGAUGAGAGAGGCCUGUAAUUUUCAUCAUAGGUACACGUCAACUAUGACAGACAAACUGAGAAAAAAAAAUCCAGAAAAUCACAUUGUAGGAUUAUUAAUGAAUUUAUUUGCAAAUUAUGGUGGAAAAUAAGUAUUUGGUCACCUACAAACAAGCAAGAUUUCUGGCUCUCACAGACCUGUAACUUCUUCUUUAAGAGGCUCCUCUGUCCUUCACUCGUUACCUGUAUUAAUGGCACCUGUUUGAACUUGUUAUCAGUAUAAAAGACACCUGUCCACAACCGCAAACAGUCACACUCCAAACUCCACUAUGGCCAAGACCAAAGAGCUGUCAAAGGACACCAGAAACAAAAUUGUAGACCUGCACCAGGCUGGGAAGACUGAAUCUGCAAUAGGUAAGCAGCUUGGUUUGAAGAAAUCAACUGUGGGGAGCAAUUAUUAGGAAAUGGAAGACAUACAAGACCACUGAUAAUCUCCCUCGAUCUGGGGCUCCACGCAUGAUCUCACCCCGUGGGGUCAAAAUGAUCACAAGAACGGUGAGCAAAAAUCCCAGAACCACACGGGGGGACCUAGUGAAUGACCUGCAGAGAGCUGGGACCAACGUAACAAAGCCUACCAUCAGUAACACACUACGCCGCCAGGAACUCAAAUCCUGCAGUGCCAGACGUGUCCCCCUGCUUAAGUCAGUACAUGUCCAGGCCCGUCUGAAGUUUGCUAGAGUGCAUUUGGAUGAUCCAGAAGAGGAUUGGGAGAAUGCCAUAUGGUCAGAUGAAACCAAAAUAAAACUUUUUGGUAAAAACUCAACUCGUCGUGUUUGGAGGACAAAGAAUGCUGAGUUGCAUCCAAAGAACACCAUACCUACUGUGAAGCAUGGGGGUGGAAACAUCAUGCUUUGGGGCUGUUUUUCUGCAAAGGGACCAGGACGACUGAUCCGUGUAAAGGAAAGAAUGAAUGGGGCCAUGUAUCGUGUGAUUUUGAGUGAAAACCUCCUUCCAUCAGCAAGGGCAUUGAAGAUGAAACGUGGCUGGGUAUUUCAGCAUGACAAUGAUCCCAAACACACCGUCCAGGCAACGAAGGAGUGGCUUCGUAAGAAGCAUUUCAAGGUCCUGGAGUGGCCUAGCCAGUCUCCAGAUCUCAACCCCAUAGAAAAUCUUUGGAGGGAGUUGAAAGUCCGUGUUGCCCAGCGACAGCCCCAAAACAUCACUGCUCUAGAGGAGAUCUGCAUGGAGGAAUGGGCCAAAAUACCAGCAACAGUGUGUGAAAACCUUGUGAAGACUUACAGAACACGUUUGACCUGUGUCAUUGCCAACAAAGGGUAUAUAACAAAGUAUUGAGAAACUUCUGUUAUUGACCAAAUACUUAUUUUCCACCAUAAUUUGCAAAUAAAUUCAUUAAAAAUCCUACAAUGUGAUUUUCAGGAUUUUUUUUUCUCAGUUUCUCUGUCAUAGUUGACGUGUACCUAUGAUGAAAAUUACAGGCCUCUCUCAUAUUUUUAAGUGGGAGAACUUGCACAAUUGGUGGCUGACUAAAUACUUUGGGUAGAGUUAAAGUGACUAUGUAUAAAUAAUUAACAGAGUAGCAGCAGUGUAAAAGGAUGGGGUGGGGGGGCAGUGCAAAUAGUCCGGGUAGCCAUGAUUAGCUGUUCAGGAGUCUUAUGGCUUGGGGGUAGAAGCUGUUGAGAAGUCUUUUGGACCUAGACUUGGCACUCUGGUACCGCUUGCCGUGCGGUAGCAGAGAGAACCGUCUAUGACUAGGGUGGCUGGAGUCUUUGACAAUUUUGAGGGCCUUCCUCUGACCGCCUGGUAUAGAGGUCCUGGAUGGCAGGAAGCUUGGCCCCAGUGAUGUACUGGGCCGUACGCACUACCCUCUGUAGUGCCUUGCGGUCGGAGGCCAAGCAGUUGCCAUACCAGGCGGUGAUGCAACCAGUCAGGAUGCUCUCGAUGGUGCAGCUGUAGAAUUUUUUGAGGAUCUGAGGAUCCAUGCCAGUCUCCUGAGGGGGAAUAGGCUUUGUCGUGCCCUCUUCACGACGGUCUUGGUGUGCUUGGACCAUGAUAGUUCGUUGGUGAUGUGGACACCAAGGAACUUGAAGCUCUCAACCUGUUCCACUACAGCCCCGUCGAUGAGAAUGGGGGCGUGCUCAGUCCUCUUUUUUUUUCCUGUAGUCCACAAUCAUCUCCUUUGUCUUGGUCACGUUGAGGGAGAGGUUGUUAUCCUGGCACCACACGGCCAGGUCUCUGACCUCCUCCCUAUAGGCUGUCUCAUCGUUGUCGGUGAUCAGGCCUACCACUGUUGUGUCGUCGGCAAACUUAAUGAUGGUGUUGGAGUCGUGCCUGGCCAUGCAGUCAUGGGUGAACAGGGAGUACAGGAGGGGACUGAGCACGCACCCCUGAGGGGCCCCCGUGUUGAGGAUCAGUGUGGCAGAUGUGUUGUUACCUACCCUUACCACCUGGGGGCAGCCAGUCAGGAAGUCUAGGAUCCAGUUGCAGAGGGAGGUGUUUAGUCCCAGGAUCCUUAGCUUAGUGAUGAGCUUUGAGGGCACUAUGGUGUUGAAUGCUGAGCUGUAGUCAAUGAAUAGCAUUCUCAUGUAGGUGUUCCUCUUGUCCAGGUGGGAAAGGGCAGUGUGGAGUGCAAUAGAGAUUGCAUCAUCUGUGGAUCUGUUGGGGCGGUAUGCAAAUUGGAGUGGGUCUAGGGUUUCUGGGAUAAUGCUGUUGAUGUGAGCCAUGACCAGCCUUUCAAAGCACUUCAUGGCUACAGACGUCAGUGCUACGGGUCGGUAGUCAUUUAGGCAGGUUAACUUAGAGUCCUUGGGCACGGGGACUAUGGUGGUCUGCUUGAAACAUGUUGGUAUUACAGACUCAGUCAGGGACAUGUUGAAAAUGUCAGUGAAGACACUUGCCAGUUGGUCAGCACAUGCUCGGAGUACACGUCCUGGUAAUCCGUCUGGCCCUGCGGCCUUGUGAAUGUUGACCUGCUUAAAAGUCUUACUCACAUCGGCUACGGACUACCUUUUUAAAAGUCAACACUGACUAUAUGCCACUUCUCUAGCCACUUUUCUUGUUUUUCCACCAUGUAAGCAUAUUAUCAGAUAUAUACAUCUUAAAAGCGUCUAGAAACUCACCUUAUCAAACUGCUUGGCUAUGCAAUCCUUAGGUGCCUUGUAGUCUCCAUAAACCACCGCUUCGUGCAGACGCAAACUAAGUUCACCUGCAUUCACAAAUGCAGACACAAGGAUGCUACUCUAAGCCCUGGCAAGGUUCCCAGUAUGUAUACGCACAAAAACACAUACACGUGUGCCCAUACACACAUGGCUCCACACAUAUACAGUAUAUAAAUGCUGCUCAAUAACACACACACACCUUGCACACACUUGUUCUUUGGGGGGAAGGGAGUGCAUCCAGUCUGUCUGUCCCUGACACAUCUCAUAUUCCACAAGCGUGUGAAUAUUCAAGGCGUGAGAGACUGAAUCCUGCUGGCCCACUUCUGUACGGGGGGAGGGGAGGGUGGUGAAAAGGCUAUGUGGCAGUAUAUGGGCAAUAUGUCUGUAAAUGGGUCAAACAAAAGCAUGGGGGGUUAAGGGGAGGAAGAUCAAAAUAGGCCCCGGUAGAGUUACCCUUCUGGGCUCUGAGGAGUGAGACGUGUGGGCAGACGGACCAGCAGAAUUCCCCUCCAGAAUUGCCCCCAGUCGGUAACACAGUCUAUGACCCAAACCACCAGGGAUUCAUGCAUCCUGAAUGCAUUUAUAGCGUUGUCUAUCACGCCAUAAUUCGUUAUAGGAGUUGUGUAACAUAUGUAGCUCAUGGCCUCAUAUGACAACCUUUGGAAAUGCAUUAAGGCUGAGAAUGUGUUCAUAAUUCAUUUUACACAUCAUUCAUUACAGGUGUUCCAUGUAAAUGCUUAAAUGCCUAUAAAAGCAUUCCUAAUGCUUUACAAACAGGUGGUUGAUAUAUUACUCUACAGUCCAGCACUGUAGCCUUACCCAAACUGUUAUAACCCUUUGUUACUACAUGAUCAUAUAACAGUAUUAUAUAAUAAUGAUUCAUCUGAUCAUCUUAUUGUGAAUCUCUAAUAUCAGAUGAUACAUGGUAUCAUAAACCCUUUAUUAUGUGUCAGUUUUAUAUAACUGUUAGAGUGAAUGCAGGAAGCAGACACUUGAGGUCAGAUGUUUUGUCUCUGAAAGCGUUGAAUAAUUAUUUCCUGCACAGACUGCAGUACAAUGACCUAUUUUACAGUAGGGAUUGAUUCCACACGCUUAAAGUGUGUACUAUUUAGUGUGUAAUUAAACAAGUAAACAAGUUGCACUAGUCUCCUACUUCUUCUAAACUGCUAAUCUAUUAUAUCAAUACUGUAGACUGCUUUCCUUCCCCCUUUCUGUGCACACACACACACACACACACACACACACACACACACACACACACACAAGGUGGAUGGUGAGAGGAUUACAGGUCCUAAUUAGCCUUACAGAGAUAGUGAUGAGGGAUGUAAGCGGUUUUAGGGUUCUGCUGCGUUGCUUAGCGGCUAAGCGUGCCGAUCACCCUGAAGGGUGUGUGUCGACACAGAUGAGAUUUACCAUGUUUUUAUUUUAGUAAACAAGGUGGCUGCACUGCCACUGACAUGCGUGACGGAGAAAGAUGAGGAUGGAAACUGAAGUGUCCUUGGGAGUGGGUGUAUUUAUAUCACACAUAGACACCAUAACACAUCCACACACUCAGAAAUGAACACACUGAGAAACACAACACAUCUAUAUACAUAUCAUCUGAAAAUGAAAAAGAGGAAAACUUUCAUGAUCAUACACACAAGGGAACACAUCCAACACACACACACACACACACACACACACACACACACACACACACACACACACACACACACACACACACACAAAGAACACAGUUAUACACGAGAACACAGUUAUACACGACAACAGUUAUACACGAGAACACGGUUAUACACGAGAACACGGUUAUACACGAGAACACGGUUAUACACAAGAACACAGUUAUACACGAGAACACAGUUAUACACGAGAACACAGUUAUACACGAGAACACAGUUAUACACGAGAACACCGUUAUACACGAGAACACCGUUAUACACAGAGAACACCGUUAUACACAGAGAACACCGUUAUACACGAGAACACCGUAAUACAUAGAGAACACAGUUAUACACAGAGAACACAGUUACACACAAACAGAGGAAAACCUCUACACACUCACACGUACAUGCACACACUCAGGUGUUUGUCAAAGAUUCUGUCCAAAAAAAGACAGGAAUUAAGUGUUGGCCAGACAUCGGUGCAGGCUAUUUUUAGUAUAAUGGCAACCCAGACAGCAAUCUGCUGGCUUUGAUUCCUGUCUGGUAUCAAGUUGCUUUUUCCGUCAUACUUCACAUAUGGCAGAGUAUUAUUCUGACUUAUUAGUGCCCUACUGACAGUAACACCACCAAGUCUCAAAGCAAGACAUGCUAUAUAGCCCAGGGAUGCAGUGAAUGCAUCUUCUCGCUCCAGCCAAACCACCUAAUUUAACUUGAUUCGAUUUAUUCUAUUCAAACGUAGUUUCUCUCCCAACCUUUUAAGCAGCAUCACGAGUUGAGAUAGUUAGCUAGUGGAAAAAUGUGUUUUGGUGCAUUCUAGAGUAGGGAAAUACUGGAAAGCAUUUGGCAGCAGUUUGGUAGAGGGAGUUACUGAAGCUGCUUGACCCUAUGAAUGACAGAUCUUGCGCACACACACUAUAGUAUCUUGGGUCAUGCAUGUUAUUCUGACCGAUAGAACUCUGCUCUCUACCUGUAGGGCUUUGACACCUAUGCGUCAGGGGAAAAUAUUGUUUUUGUUUUGAUCGCUAAAGCCACUCUCUGAGCCACAUUGCCCCCUAAAGUCAUGUCAGGGUAUUGCAUAUGAUUUGUCACCCCACCCAGGUUGAGCUCAAGAACGUCAUAUUGCAUUUUUACAUUUUGCUACAAGGAGUUGUAUAACACAUUUUCACACAUAUUCCCUACAUGCUUUUGCAAACAGAAACAUUCCAUUUAUUUUUUUAAUGUUAAUUGUACUGUUCCCUGCCUUUCUCCCCAGCCGAGGCCUGCUCCAGCCCUUGUGGUGAUGGCCUGUCUGAGGUGGACCUGACUUCGGAGGAGGAGGAGGACCUUGUGGUAGUCCCCUCUCCCAUCGCCAGCUCCCCCAUCCGCUAUGCCUCCUGCACCUCCCUGGACUCCACCGCUGGCACCGAUGAUGGGGGUCCUGAGGAAGAGGAGGAGGAAGAGGGGGGUUUCCAGCGCCUGGAGGCCUGUUCUCUAGAGGAGAGCUGGUUCGUCACUCCCCCACCCUGCUUCGGAGGGGGGAGGAGGGGCAAGCCUAUGGUACUGGAGACCAGCCCCCUGGAGAACCUGCUGAUAGAACACCCCAGCAUGUCUGUGUACACCGCCCACAGUCCCCCACGACUCUCCCUCAACCUCCCCCUCUCCCUCAAGCUCAAUCUCAGCCUCCCCCCUGUUGACGCACCUGCCGUCGUGGGCAAGGAGCCGGGACGACGUUCGCUUGACACCCCCCGCCACAGGUAGGACUUAUUGCUGCAAAGAUUCUGGCAGUAGUGUUACUGCACCUACAUUUUGUGAAUUUAUGCUUAAACUAUGGAUUAACCAAUCCAGACCCCUUUCUGUCUCCCCCUAUAGGCCAGAGACAGUAGUGCAGCGCAGAGCCAGCCUCCAUGCUGGCUGCUAUGCGGCUGCCCUCUCAGCCCGGGCCUCAGGCCUCCUAGACCAGGCCCAGCAGCACGGACGCCUGGCCCAGAGGGUACGUGACGCCGCUCAGCGCCAGCUCCUCUCCCGCAACGCCCUGCGCCGCCUCAACCUGCUGCGUACUGGAGGGGCCAAGCAGGCCAAGACCACCACCACCUAUCUACACCAGCCUGGCCAGAGGCACCUCAACUACUGAGGUCCUGGCCCUAUCCCUUACUCUCCAUCCAUCAAUUCAUCCAUCUGUCUCAACCUGGAUCCACGCAAAGAGUACAUCCUGCAACGUGCUCUCCAUCUCCCCACUUCCUCCCUCCAUCCACCGAUCCUCCACUCUGGAAUGAAGAGACGUGAUGAGGAUGUCUUCUUUAAGGACUCCUUUAGAAUCAAUGCCAUAGGUCACUUUACUCCGCUGCAGGUGCCGACCACCACAUGGUAACUGGGAGAGACUGGUUCAAUCAGACAUUACACCUGUGGCGACACUCUCCGCUUUCACCUACUCUGCAAUGGUUGUGUGAUGUCAUAGUGUGGCUGUAUGCUGCCAUAGAAUGGUUGUGUGAUGUCAUUGAUUGAUAUCAUAGAGUUGCUUGUAUGUUGUCAUAGUGACACUAAGUGAUGUCAUUGAGUUGUUGUAUGCUGUCAUAGAGUGGUUGUGUGCUAUCAGAAGAGGAUUUGUGGCUUAAUAGAAUGACUGUGAUGUCUUUAGAGUAGGAGUAGGCAUUUAGAAGAGGAGCAUGUGUCUCACUUGUAAUUAGGACAGUUUAACAAGGUUGUUUCUCAUGCCCCUCCAAUGAAAUUGCUUCCUCUAUUGUUUCCUGUCUUUUCGAAUUUUGAGAUGGAGAUGCUCUGUCACUUCAUGGCAAACUAAUGUAAUUUGUCAUUCAGAUGGCCACAACUUACUUUUCAAAAUCAGCACCCCUCCUCUCUUGACUAUGGGUGAACAUGCCUUGAACUUAGUAAUUCAGUACUUUCACAAUAUUGUUUGAGAAAAUGAUGGUCAAAUACUGGGUUAAAUAUCACUAAACGCCUUGUUAUAAUAGUAGAAUUUAAGAUGAAAAAUAAAUAAAUGUAAAAUGUAUUUAAAAAAACUUCCAAAAUAUUUUUUAAAAGAAAAAAACAUAUAUUACAUAUCAGUAUGAAGUUAGUAUGAGCGUUUAUCUGCAUAGGUAUGUUUGUAAGCAGCGGUUUGACUAUGUUAGUGUGUGAUUUGUUGCAUGGUUGUAUAGUGCUAGUCUCCAGACGUUGAGAAAACAGAAAGAAAUGUGUUUUUGUAUCUUAUGUCAUUGUUUGUUCUAAAUCUCCAGUCCACUUCUCAGGGUCAUAACCAAUCACCUUUACACUUUACUAAAAUGCAGAUUACUUGAUGGAUGUUAAUUGUCUUUGUACAUACUGGAGACCUUCCAAAUUUGUAAUGGUGUGCUUUGCCUUGUGGUAAUGUUUGUGAUCAAUGAUUGACCUUUUAAAAUAAUAGUGUGAGUCUCAAGAAAAUUGAAUUUGAACGUUUGCUUGUCCAAGGACUGUGAAAAUGAACUCUUACUCUCUCAAUCGACUGUUAAAACCCACCACGAUGGAGUGACACUGUUAGUCUUUUUCAAUUUUGUUUAUAUAUUUGUUCUGUGUACUUUCCAUUGUUUUGAGUUUGAUUUUUGCCCUGUUCUUUAUUUGCUUAGUUACAUAACUUAGUAAUAUUAUGUUAAAGUAUUUAAACCAAAAAACUAGCAGUAAACUCUAACCUUGCAAUAGUUUAUAUUACUAUUGUUUUUGCUUUUACAGUAUAUUCUUCUUUACUUUAACAAUGUUUGAAAUUGUGAAGUUUGUGACAACAUGAAUCUGUGCACUCUAGUGGUAAGAAAGCACUGAGAGACACAACUCAAGAACACCUAAGUAGCCUAUUUAAGUUUCACAGAACCUCUAAAAGUCAAGUAUCCAGGCAAACUCAAUAAUUUAUAUGUUAUUUUGACCUUAUAUUAUGACCUAAUUUCAUCUGUUUCUUUGUACUUAUUGGGGGAAAUACACAGUACAUACAUACUCAGAUGUAUUUAGCAUGGUAGCAUCAAGAAGCACUAAGAAGGUUUUGUUUUGUCUAGAUAGAUGUAAACUGAUUAUAGUGAAGUGAUUUAAGCCUAGCCAUUGUAUUUGUGUAACUUUUUUAUUUUCAAAUGUCUCCGAUUGCAACACUUGCAUCAUUUGACGCGUUAAUUUUUGUACUGCAUUGUGACACGGGCAACAUGACGAAGGGAAUGGAGGAGAUUACAAAAUCCUCAUUUUUGAUGUGUGAAGCUGGAAGGAGCCAUUUUGUUUCUGUCCUCAACUGUCUGAGCUCUUGAUGAUAAUAACAGGGAUUUGUAUUUUGUUUUAUGCCUUGAAUUUGUUGUGGGUCACGUGCCUUCCAGGUUAAACAGUAUAAUGACAAUGCAUUAAUGAAGAACUUGAACUCUUGUCCAAAGGGACAACACAUACAAAAGCAAAUCAACUAUGCACACAGGAGGUAGCUUCCCUCCGUGAACCACCCAGCCCAUGUACAGCUUUUAUACACAAAUGUAGCAA